AUUAACUCUGGGUACAAGGCGAUUAAAUGUCUUGGUCUGAUAUAUCUCCUACCCUUGGCUUUGCUUUAUCAUGUCCUCCCUGAGAAAUACUGGAGGAAUUUCUGUUUUUUUGUGUGUGCGGAAUUUGACUUAUCAGCCAGUAUGGCAUCACUCCAGAACAGGUUGCCAAGUGUCACCAAAUCUUUGCUAAAUAGGAACUGA